AUGCCACCCUCCAACAUGCAACACAUGGAGGAGGAGGGAGAGGCAGGAGAGGAACAAACACUGCUGAGGUGUAAAUGUUUUGAGGGUUUAAAGGAAUUACCACACAGAGUGAUACUGGACAGUAUGGCAGUAGUAGCUAACCUAUGCAUCCUGGGCUGGGAUGUGACAGAACCAGAAGAAGUAGAGGAAGAGCCGAACGAAAAAGAAAAAAUCACAGUCACAGAAUCUCAGACAACUCAAGAGGAACAGGAAGCAGAACGUUCAACGGACGAAGAAGCAGACGGUAAUGACGAAGACGCAGUAAAGAUUUACUGCAAAGGUGAUUAUCGCAUGAACAUAUUCCGCACCUUGACAGAGUUCAGGGACUCCUCCCUUCUCACUGACCUUUCUUUGAGUACAGAGGAUGGGAAGAGUUACCAUGUACACUCCCCUGUCCUGGCUGCUGUCAGCUCCCAUAUCCGAGAAAGACUUAGGAGAAGUAAUGAAAAUAGAGUUGAUGAAAGAAAGGAUACAAGUGUUGGAGUCCACAGGUUGACAAUGUCUCUGGGUCCAGAGGUUGAUAAUGUUGGAUUAAAGGCAGUUGUGGAGUUUGCCUACACUGGACUCAUAUCAUGUUUGAACAAGAACACUUUGCACCAGAUAAAGGCUGCGGCUCAAAUAUUGGGCGCCCCAAGGGUGCAGGGUCUCUGCAAAGAGGAAGAGGAAAGGUCCGCCAAAACUGGAGGGCAGAAGUUAAAGAAAAGCAUCUCGGCUGCAGAACAAAUGAUGAUCAGCCUUCAGUCCAUCAAACUGCUGUGGAUGGACAGAGUGGGCUGUGACGUCAUAUUGGAAGCUUUCGGAGGAUCGCUUCAUGUCCACAGAGUCAUCCUGGCUGUGUGCAGUGACUACUUCAGAGGCAUGUUCACCUUGGGGAUGAGGGAGUCCCGUCAGCCCUGUGUGACCCUUCCCUUCCUUUUGGCUUCGGAACUUGAGGUUCUGAUUGACUGCUCCUACAGCGGGACUCUCCCCCUCAGCUGGAAGCAUGUCUUCGAGAUCACCUGCACCGCUCUCCAGCUCCAAUACCAACCUGCCCUCUCGUUGUGCCUUAACUUUCUGCAUCAAGAAAUUAAUCCUUACUCCUGCCUUGAUGUGGCAUCUUUUGCUGAGGCCUACGAGAUGGUGCAGCUACUUGAAGCUGCAGAUGAUUUCGUCCUGCUGGAAUUCCAAAAGGUGGCAUGCAUCUCAAAGUUCGAGGACCUGCCAGCCAAAAAGCUUCUAAAGUACCUGAACAGUUCUUCGCUCUGUGUUCCAUCUGAGCUUGUUGUAUUCAAAGCAGUAGCGGCAUGGAUCCAAGCAAAGCCCAAAACAAGGCUGAAGCUUUCUAAAAAACUAAUGAAAACCAUCCACUUUCCCUUGAUGACGUCCAUGGAAUUCAAAGAGGUCCAAUCUCUGAGCAUGUGGUCAGAUCACAACCUGACAGAGCUCUAUGAAGCAGUUUUGGAGGAUUUCAGCUCCAAUAAGACUCAUUGCCGGAUCUAUCUACCGAAAGAGAGUCUGGUCUUGAUUGGAGGUGAUCAGAUCUCUGAAGACCUGGGUAACCGAAGCAUCAGCAGAGAACUCUGGUUUGGGAAUUCCCUAAGGAACCAUAAAGGCGUAAAAAAGGCCAUUGAGUGGAGAAAAUUGGGAGGGAUGCCAGAGCCAGAGAGAUUCAAGCAUGAGGUGGCUGUCCUCAAAGGACAAUUGUACGUGUUUGGAGGCAAGAAGUACUAUGGCAUCAACGACAACCUGAAUUCUGUCUAUAGGUAUGAUCCCCUCCAAAACAGCUGGGACAGCCUGGCUGAAAUGCAGAGAAAUAGAUGCUCUUUCUCCGUGGUUGUGCUGGAUGGAAAGAUAUAUGCCAUUGGCGGACAUUGUGACACUGAAUAUUUAGAGAGUGUGGAACGAUACUGCCCAACCGGAAACUCUUGGAGCUUCACGUGGCCCUUGGAUCUGCCUCUGGCUGGCCAUGUAGCAAAAGUUUUACAAGGGCAGAUCUUUGUCUCAGGAGGGUUGAGCAGUGACUACCAAUAUCUUGCAUCCUUGUUUCUGUACCACCCAGAGACAGGAAGCACUUAUUUGGCAAACAUGGCUAAACCUCGAGCUCGUCACUGCAUGGAGACCCUGGGUGAAUGUCUUUAUGUCGCAGGUGGAAACACUGCAGAAGAUGACAUGAGUAUUGUUGACCUGCUAUCUUGUGAGGUAUACAAUCCAGUGGCCGACUCCUGGACUGCCUUCCCAUCUCUGUCAGUGCCACAUGUAGGAGCAGGAGGUGCAGUUUUGGAGGGAAAGUUUUAUGUGCUAGGUGGAUAUAGCCAGGAGGACCACAGUGAAACUAAGGUGGUUCAUCGUUAUGAUCCCACCACACAGAGAUGGGAGAACAUGGGCAUGAUGCCUGGGCCGAAUAAUGACAUACGAGCAUCUGUGCUGCGUUUGCCACCACAUUUACGAUUGUAA